AUGUCGGGCAUCACCAACCCGCACCCGAGUCCGAAUGAAGAAUAUGCCGAAUAUCCCCUCCCAGUUAUUGAACUCCCCAAUCCUGGGGACCGCCACAGCCUCGCACGAGAGACUACCGCCGACGCCCAGCAAUAUGAUGCAGCGCUCGAGCCCGACAGUCGAAUCCGAUCGCCUCGGGUGCGCUUUCGCUCAAUGAGCCUGAGGCGAAAUGAAUCGCGCGGUGCUAUCGAUGCUUCUGACCUGUCGCGCCCGUUGUUGCCGCCCGCAGACCUCAACGAAGUGCCGCUGUCCGGAACCAUCACCCCGCCCGCCCCCACACAUUCCAGGAACGGCUCUGGCCUCGCCAACGUGCGCACGCCAGAUGAGGCCCAGUCUGAGAAACAUGACUUUGCGACCGAUAUGGAUCGCACGAGUUCCGCCAAGAACCGGUUCAAAGCUGCUGGUCAGCUUCUCCGUCAGAAAACCGUGCGUUUGACCGAACGCCUCGGUCGGCCUCCGGAUGAGGGCGAGGCGCUUAACGCGUCAUACAUUCCUGACGAUUUCGAUACCGGCAUCCCGCUCGAGGAACUCCAAGCCCGCCGCGCUCGGCAUGAUGCGGACAGAGCACGCGCGUUGGAGAACGGCGAGGAGCUGCAUGAGCCGCCCGCCAGUGCGGAGGCUCAUCGGCUGGUCCGCAGCAUGACCAUGGUCCAGGAUCAACUGCGCAAACGCAAGGCUCGUGGCGCGUACCAGCGGUCGGGUCAGACCACUCCUGAAGGGUUGAUCAGAGAUUUUGCCCAGCGCCGUCGGUCCAGUGGAUUCGGCGGUGGUAGCGGCAUUCUCUCGCAGCUGCUGAAGCUCCAAGCUACAACGACCGGCAGCUACUCUCGCCCUGAGAGUGUGAUUACCGAUGACUCCGAUAGCGAUACUCAGGUGUCCUCUGGCACGACCACGCCGAAGAAGGGCUCCCGCUCUCCAACUAUCACUCCGUCUAUGCCCACAUCAGGCUCCGCUACACCGCGCAAGGAGAAGCUGAAGUGGUACAAGAAACCCGCGCAUCGUUCCACCUCUUCGCUAGUCAACGCCUCGAUGAACUUGAGCACUGCCAGCUUGCCCGCUGUCGCUGAUGUCACGCCCGGCGGGAAACGCAGAAAGUCUAAGCGCAAGACUCGUCUGGAAGACGAAAUCCGUGUCACGGUACAUAUUGCAGAGAUUAUUGCGCGACAACGCUAUAUCAUGCAACUGUGCCGUGCGCUCAUGCGAUACGGCGCGCCGACUCAUCGUCUCGAAGAGUACAUGCAGAUGACCGCCCGCGUCCUGGAGGUAUCAGGCCAGUUUCUGUAUCUCCCCGGGUGUAUGAUCAUGUCCUUUGACGACCCAACCACACGCACAGCCGAGGUCAAACUCGUGCGUAUGGUACAGGGUGUUGAUCUCGGACGACUGGCCGAUACUCACAAUGUUUACAAGAACGUUGUUCACGAUCUGAUUGGCGUCGAAGAGGCCACCCAUGAACUGGAUGAGAUCAUGCAGCGCAAGCCCCGGUUUAACAAGUGGAUCUUAGUUCUGAUGUACGGCCUGGCCAGUUCCACUGUUGGGCCGUUCGCUUUCAGUGCGCGGCCGAUUGACAUGCCUAUCAUUUUCUGUCUGGGGUGUUUGGUCGGGCUGAUGCAGCACGUCCUGGCACCGAAAUCUACAUUGUAUUCCAACGUCUUCGAGGUCACUGCUGCGGUGCUCACCUCAUUCCUGGCGCGUGCGUUCGGCAGCAUAAAGGUUACGCGAAAUGGGCAAUCCGAGGAGCUUUUCUGUUUCUCGGCUAUGGCUCAGUCGUCGAUCGCUUUGAUCUUGCCUGGUUUCAUGGUUUUGUGUAGCAGUCUGGAACUGCAAUCUCACCAGAUGAUCGCUGGAUCGAUCCGCAUGGUGUAUGCCAUUAUCUACUCUCUUUUCUUGGGUUACGGUAUUACUGUCGGAACCACAAUAUACGGGUUGAUGGAUGGAAAUGCAACCUCCUCGUCAACAUGUUCUGGCCUCGAUGUCUACGGGUCUACAUAUCUACGCCAAUUCCCAUUCGUGGCCAUCUACGCUGUCUUCCUCGCCAUUGUGAAUCACGGCAAGUGGAAGCAGAUGCCAGUCAUGGUCUUUAUUGCUGUCUCCGGAUAUAUCGCCAACUACUUCAGCACCACCAAGCUCGGCUCCCAGUCAGAGGUCGCCAACACAGUUGGUGCAUUCACAAUUGGUGUCCUGGGCAACCUGUACAGUCGAGUCUGGCACGGCCACGCUGCUACUGCCAUUCUCCCUGGCAUAUUCGUGCUAGUGCCCUCUGGUCUCGCAUCUAGUGGAUCCUUAAUCGCGGGUAUCAAAUACGCCGACGAGGUCCGACAGAAUCUUCAAAACAAUGGCACGAGCUCAUCCGCCAGUGUUCUUUCUGAAACAUCAGUGGCCAGUCUUGGAUUUGGCAUGAUCCAAGUCGCCAUCGGCAUUACAGUCGGACUCUUCAUCGCCGCCUUGGUCGUCUAUCCGUAUGGCAAGAAGCGCACCGGCUUGUUCAGCUUCUAA